UCUUGUUUAAUUUCAGUGCCACAAACCCAACACAGGUGAAUGGAUCUGCUAUCGACGGGCCCGUGCAACUCAAGCACGGGGACGUGAUCACCGUCAUUGACCGCUCCUUCAGGUAUGAGAAUGACAGUCAUCAGAACGGAAGCAAGUCAACUGAAUUUCCAGGACAAAGACGUGAACAGGCAUCUCCGAGUCGGGUCUCAAGGUCUAGCUUCCCUUCCAACCCCGAUGGGAAAGUUCAAGAUCCCAGUGCUGCCCGUUCACAAGUCACUGAAGAGGGUGGUUCAGGAGGGCCCCCGGAGCGCAAGGAGCAUGUCGGGGCGACCCGCACCCCCUUGCGCGGCUCAGAAGGUCCCACUACCAAAGGCACAGCAGAUGUUGGUUCCUCAGAGCCCCCUGGAGAUAACCAGGGAAAUGCAGCCGGGCCCCCUGCUGGGGGGUUCGGAGCAGGUUCCUGUGUGACCCCCGGGAGCUGGAAUGGAGGACAGGGUCUGGAGAAGGACGGAGAGAAUGAGUCUCCCUUCCGGAAGCUCUACGAGUCUAUGAAGGAAGAGUUAGAUGUGAAAUCGGAGGCUGUUCUACAGAAUCGGAGGAAAUCGGGAGCACGGGGUCAUCGUGCAUCAGAAGCCGAAAUCGCCGGCGGUUCACAGAGCUCGACUCAGCCACGGGUCUCGCCCAAGUCCAGGCGGAGAUCUGGUCGGAGCAGCCAGACGGAGGCAGAGAGAGCGGGUGAGGGGCCGGGUCAGACUCUCGAGGCCACCGCGAGUCCCAGCAUCCCCCCCACAGAGAUGACCAAAGCCAAGACCCCAGUCCAAUGUCCACAGCCCAGUUCCUCCCGGAGACGCCGGAGCGGAGACCCGAGUGUCACCCCUGGGGGUGAACCUGUGAGUCUGCAGCAAAGCGAAGACCUCGGGGAAGGCAGUGCCGCGUCUGCUCCCAGGAGGCUCUCAGCCAGACAGCAAACACCCGCCAACGGAGAAAGCGCUGGCCACCUUGGAAACACAGCAGAAAAAGUCUUUUCCAGAAAAAGGAGAAGGAGCCUGUCUCCCAGUGUCGGCAUCCUCACCACAGGAGCAGACAUUCCAAAGCAGACCCUGCUCUCCCCGCUGCUGGUCCCCGCGGAGCGGAAGGUUCCAGGCAAGGCCCUGGGCACGCCCAGGCAGCAGGGCACCGCCGGCUCACCGGGCCUCGGUGCAGUGGAUGUCAGCAACGUUGGCGAUUCCCUUAUUCGCUCUGUGGCAGAGGAGCCAGGGGACUAA